AUAUCUGUUGUUGACCAAGGUGGUUAGGCAGCCAAGAUUAACUAAAAAUGGAGGACUUGCGUGAUGACUAAUGUAGUCAAGGAAUCGCAUUAUUUCCAAUCAUUUUAUAGCUGAGAGAUACUGCUUCGUUGCGAAGACACUCAUUCAACAAACCCUCACAUUUAACCUUUUUAACUAGGUGUCAGUAUAUUGAACUGUCGGUAGUUGUAUUUAAUAUAUAUAGCAUUUCAUUCGAGUUUGCAACACUUUUUAACUGCACGCCACCUACAUAGUUGCAAACCUAGAAAUAUUAAUAAUGAUUAACUGAUUUAAAAAAAUAAUGAAUUCGAAACAUGAUUGGACGUUCACUAAACGCCAACAUGUAACGUUCUCGCGAGAUGCAACUUUGUGGUUGUGGAACAUGAAGAAAUGGAGAAUUGGAGAGACCGAGGUAGCUAGCUAGCAAAGUGCGUGUGGGGAUUUUUUAAAAACGUUGUCGGUCUAAAAUGUGUGGGUCCCCUGUAGAUGAGCACAGGAGGACAUCCUUCAGCUGGUGACAGGCCACCAACCAUGGCACUGCACUGGAGUCACUUGACUGUGGUGCUCUUCCUGUCCCAAGCUUGGGCCUUUCUGCAUACCCAAGAGGAGGACUCCAUCCCAGAGGAGUGGGUCCUCCUCCAUGUGGUGCAGGGGCACAUUGGAGCAGGGAACUACAGCUACCUGAGGCUGAACCAUGAUGGCAACAUCAUCCUGCACAUGCAGAGUCUCAAAGGCGAUGCAGACCUGUACGUCUCCGACAAAACCCUACGCCCCAGCUUUGACACAUACAAACUCCAGUCGGUCACGUGCGGGCAGGACGUAGUUGUGGUGCCUGUGGACUUUGUACGCCCUGUGGGCAUUGGGAUCUAUGGGCACCCAUCUCACCAAGAAAGCGAGUUUGAAAUGAAGGUGUUCUAUGAUCAGACGAUCCCUGAAGACCCCUUUGACAAGAGCUCAUACCCCUCAGACAAUGGGGGUAAGCAAAAGAGACAUCCGCAGGUGUCUGAUGAGGACUAUCAGGAAGACGAGUCUAUCCUGUGGACCAUUCUGAUUGGUAUUUUGAAGAUAGUGCUUGAAAUUUUGUUUUGAAAAGUUUGCCUUGAUAUCCAAUCACCCUGGGGAUGAAUUACUGCAAUUUACAGUGAGAACACUGCAAUUUGUGUCAAGCUAAAUUUUGCACUGUGAGUUUGAUAGUGAGUUAAAAUGCAGGGACCAAAUGCAGGUGCAAAGAAUCAUUGUGAAUAACAUGCUAUUUUGAGAAUGGAAUGAUAGACUUUGAUGACAGGGGGACAUAUCAGAAUCUGUAGAUUAAUAUGCCUGAAUGCUAUCCUUUCUCAGAAUCAAGUGUAGUAUUCACCACAGCCAAACAAUGUUUUUUUUUUUUUUUUCUUUCCCCCUAAGCAAAUCUCUAAUUUUACCCACCACUGGUAUUAGUACUGUAUAUCGGGUUUUCAUGUACCAUGUUGAAACCACACUUCUAAGCCUGUACUAUGCAAAAAUAGUAUCAGUAUAGAGCGGAGACGUGCUUUAGUGCCUUUGAUCGAUUUCUUUUUUGAAUGUGAAUGUAGUUCUAUCAUCAUUCACAAUCAUUUAUUCAUCAAAAAAUGCAGAAGGGAAAUGCAGAUGUUUUAAUGUAAUGUAAGGAUGCGGCCCUUGAGAUUUACAGAGUCAUCUUGUCCCAAAUGUUUAACCAGGUUUGCAGAAAAAUCACUGAGGUUUGUUGGUAUUGUUUGUAGCCAUAAAAGUCACAAAUUCCCAGCUAGUUGUUUAUUGUACAUGGCACAGGAGCCGAAAGCUGUGGCUUGUGAUGCUGUGAUUUGCUCAGACACAUUGGUCUACAUUAUCUAGCAAAGGAAGGUCAUGCAUUUCCAUAUGCUAACCACUUUGAUUCCAGGAUGUGCCCUCUACUCUUCCUAAUGUUUCUGUGUCAACAAAUGAAAAUGGUCAAAUCGGCAUGUGCAAAGAGGAAUUUUUGAUAGGAACACAUGGCAAGAAUGGUAUGGAGAGAUGUAAUUGUUUAUGAAGCAUACUCCCUACCCCCCACGCCUUCACUUCUAAAAUCCCAUUCAACCAUUCAAUAAAGUCUGUCUUGGUGAGCUAUUUGUUUACCUUACUGACAGAGCCAAGCCCCCUCUAGUGGCCUGCACAUUUUCAGAUGGCCCACUGCCAGUGUGAUGUGGCUGCUGCCUCUGCAGCUUCACAUCCAUUAUAAAACCCAGUAGAGUCCAAGGCUUGUGCUGGGCCAUCAUAUGCUCAAUGCAUCCAUAGACAUUGGUUAUUUUUUGUGAGGCAAGGAGGCAAUUCUUUAACAUGGUUUUAUUUUAAAUCACUUGAGCAUGAUAUAGUUUAUUGCAAUUCCUGUAAAUGUCAUGUCAAAUGCUUUUCUGUUCAAUCAUUUAGAUAUUUUGCACUGUUUUACUUUCUGUUAGUCUUAAUCUCAGGGUCAUGAAAUUGACUUCUGUCUUUUUCGAUUGUUAAAAGGUACAAAUGUAAAUCAGUUCACUAAAUGUUUUUAAGGGUUUCAUUAAAAAAAUAAGAAGUUUGUUAUAAAUAAUGACCCAGGGUGCUGUUCUCUAAAUUGAUACGUUGGAUAAUGCGGAAAUAAAUUUUUUUAGACCGUA